AUGGCCCGUAAGCGCAAGAGCGUAGCUAGUUCUGCUGACUUGUGCCCGCGGGAUCUCAACGAGAUCCCAUAUAUCGCUUGGAUGAACAAGCGGAACGCAGCCGGCCGCAAGCCCGCCGGCCCGUUGCCCGAAGGCGCGCCUGGUGCGGGGGACACUUUGUUCGAAGCCCCGCGCGAUGUCCCUACCCGCGGACGCCGUGAUGCCGACCGGGUUGCCUCAUCCCGCGUCGUGGACGACGCUGCCUUCGAUGACGACGCCGAGGACUCCGAUUAUGGCGAGUGCGACGACGAGGCCGACUCUGGCGAGGAGGAGGACAAGGGCAUAUCCCCCUCCGAGGACGAAGGUGACGCCGAUGAGGACGCCGAUGACAACGAUGACGCUCCCGAGGAGGCCCAGCCUGCGACCUCGGAUACCCGUCGCGGCCGUGCUUCUGCCGCUGCCGGAACCAAGAUUCCUGCGAAGGGCGGGGAACCUCCUCGUGCCGCUGCCAAGACCCGCAACCUGCACCCUGUGAAGCGGAGCGUGUGGUCCCCCCGCGAGAACACGAACUUCGUGGCUGCACAUUGGUUCAUGAAGGACAAGCUCGGGCCCCUCCUCGGGAAGCAGGGCUCCCAGUACUGGGCCCGCCUCGUGCGCCACCUCGAGCAGGAGAAUUCUGGAUGGGUGCACGGCGUGAACGCGCUGCAGAAGCAGUGGCGCAAUCUCGCCACCAUGUUUAAGCAGAUUAAGAAGGGGGAGAAGGCGAGCGGCAAAGGGGCGGUGUGCAAGCCCCACUGGUACCCGUACAUGGAGCUCUUCCAGAACAACAAGGUGGUGGGCAACCCUCACGCUGUCAACGGUGGUGGUGCGGCACACGUCAACGUGCCGUGCGGGUUCGCGGUCCCGUCCACUUCAGCGCCAUGCAACUCUACUCCGACUUUCACCGGUGCGUUCAUUUUGCAUUGA